AAUAAAACACAACAGCAAGAAAAACAACAGCAAAGUGUUGAAAUGGACUCGUCGCUGCAGCUGUAUAAAAUAAAUUCCAAAUGUCUUCCGGAAUAAAUUGUCGUGAAAUUUUCGUAUUUUUGGAAAUUUUAAUUUGGAACCAAAGGGAUCACCAAAAGAAGAGAAAUCAACAACAACCACAACAUAAUAAUAAAAAGCAGCAACAGCAACAGCAACAGCAGCGAUUUAACAGCAACAAUGACAGUGGUCAGCAGCAACAACAACAACAACAGCUUGACAACGCAGUGAAAGUGUUAAAGUGUAAAAUUAAAAAUAAUAAUCACAAAAGUUUUAGCAAUAACAGCAGCUGCAACAACAUCAGCAUCAGCGUUAGCGGCGGUAGUCAAAGCGAUUGUAGCUGCAGCCAAAAAAUCAACAAUUAUCAGCAAAGCGCUGGUCAUUGUCAGCGGCAACAGCAGCAGCAACAACAACAACAACCACAACAACAGCAUUUAAAUUAUUUCCAGCAACAGCAGCAGCGGAAUAACGCCAAAAGCAACAACAACAACAAUAAUACGCAUUUAAAUCAUUUCAAAUUGUUGCAAAAUCAUAUGAAAAACGCACCACGCAAAACCUGCACAAGCGUCCAGCAAUAACAACCACAGCAGAAAAAAAGAGACGAGAAAAGCAUAAAAAAUAAUUUUUGGCGAAAAAAGAAAUUUCAACGCUUUCAAAGGGGAAAUAAAAAUUAAGAAAUUUCUAUUCACAAAACAAAGAAAUUCCGCCAGCUCGGCGCAGCGAGCAGGCGCCCAAGCGGCAUGCGUGCGUGAGUAGGUGUGUGUAUUUGGUGAAAGCGAGAGAGAGAGAGAGAGAGAGAUAUUUAUAGAGAGAGAGCGCGAACAAAAGCUGAGUUAAAAAAGAGAAUUAUUAAAAAACACUAAACUUAAAGCGCAUUGUUGCUGUAAGCGUGGCAUUUGUACUCAUAAUUUCCAAAGGCAAAGCGAGUAAAUUAAUUUUUGAAAAGGAAAAAGUUAUUUUUUAACUUAUAAGCAACAGCACAAGCAACUGCAAUCAGCGUGUAACGAGUGACUACCAGCGAGUGACGAGUUGCAGUUUAUUGCGUAAAACGUCGCCUGAAAAGUUGACUACGAGUAACGAGUAACGAGGAACGAGUGUGGCAAUUAAUUGCUUGCAACGUUGCCUGAACUUGUUUAUUGCAAACAUUGAGUUGGCUUUUAUGUUUAGUAAACGAUUGAUGGAUUGACCGACGAAUUUAAAGAUUGUUUGUUUCUUAUUUUACGCUAA